AGUCUUAUUAAUCACAACCAAAAGGCCAAAAACCCUCAACACUCCAGAAUUCUUAAACCCAAUCACUCACUGCUAUCAGAUGCAGUACAACAACCACAGCUUAAUAACUUGAUACUACUACUACUACUACUACAAACACAAGGAACUCUGCCAUUUCUGUUAAACGAAAUGGCGGGUUCGUUGCUAUCCCCCCCGAACGCGCCAUGGACUCCAUCAGCCUCGAGCGCGGCAUCACUAUCGCCUCAAAGGUUGAACGAGUUGUUGGUAUGGUUGAGGGAGCAAUUUUAGUAGUAGACGCUGGAGAGGGUCCACUUGUUCAGACAAAGUUCGUUCUUGCAAAAGCCUUAAAGUAUGGGUUGCGCCCUAUUCUUCUUUUGAACAAAGUAGACCGACCUGCAGGUAUCAAUGGGCUAUGGUACAAUUACAGCUCAUGCACUGAUGAGUUUAGAAGCUCGUGGAACUCUCUUUGUGACUCCUGGGAUGGAGACAUAUGAUGGCAUGAUUGUUGGUGAACAUUCACGGGAUACGGAUCUAGAUAUCAAUCCAAGUAGGGCUAAAGAACUUACUAAUGUGCGUGCUGCUAGCAAGGAUGAGAAUGUGAAGCUAUCACCACCUUGCCUAAUGACUCUUGAAGAAGCCAUUGGCUAUGUAGCUUCUGAUGAGCUUAUUGAGGUAACACCAAAGGCCAUUCGGUUAAGGAAUAAAUACCUGGAUGUUAACAAGCGUAAAACCAUGAGUAAAAGGCCAAAGGAGUGAAGCAUUUUUUCUUGAUACAGUUUUGUAACCUUAUUAUUAUUGAUUGUACCAUGAGCUAGCUAGCAGGUGAAGGGUGCAAUUGUGACCGGAUUUAAUGGAUGCACGUGUAACUUACCAAUCAAUAAGAAGAAGAAAAAAAAAAAAAAAAAAGAAAAGUAGGGUAGUUUUUGUACUCAAUUCUUUUUGUUUGCCUCAGAUUAGGUGAUAUGGAACAUUGAAAUCAUAUUUCAUAAAUGAUGAGCGAGAGUUGAUGUAUUUAUAAGAAUCAAUCAUGGUAGUGAGAUAGUUGCUCAUUUUUUGUCAUAUAUAGCACACAUCUUUGUUCA